AUGGCAGGGAACGUGAAGAAAGGCGGUGGGCUCAUCGGCAUGAUGAAGGACGCCUUCCAGCCUCACCACCAUCUCCACCACUCCCACCACCAGCCCGGCGCCGUGGACAAAAAGACCGUGGAAAAAUGUUGGAAACUUAUGGACAAGGUGGUGCGAUUAUGUCAGAACCCCAAGCUGGCACUCAAGAACAGUCCCCCAUACAUCUUGGACCUGCUUCCUGACACCUAUCAACAUCUUCGUACCAUCCUUUCCCGCUACGAGGGCAAGAUGGAGACCCUGGGUGACAACGAAUACUUCCGUGUCUUCAUGGAAAACUUGACCAAGAAGACCAAGCAGACCAUCAGUUUGUUCAAGGAAGGCAAGGAACGCAUGUAUGAGGAGAACUCUCAGCCAAGACGGAACCUGACCAAACUGUCUCUGAUAUUCAGCCACAUGCUUGCAGAGCUCAAAGCCAUCUUCCCCAAUGGCCUGUUCCAAGGGGAUAACUUCAGAAUCACCAAGGCAGAUGCAGCAGAGUUCUGGAGAAGAUCAUUUGGGGACAAGACCAUUGUGCAGUGGAAGCUCUUUCGGCAGGCGCUGCAUGAAUUCCACCCUAUAAGCUCAGGCCUAGAGGCCAUGGCCUUGAAGUCCACCAUUGACCUUACCUGCAAUGACUACAUCUCUGUCUUUGAAUUUGACAUCUUCACCAGGCUCUUUCAGCCAUGGUCAUCUCUGCUGCGGAACUGGAACAGCCUGGCAGUGACUCAUCCAGGAUACAUGGCCUUUCUCACCUACGAUGAGGUCAAGGCUCGCCUACAGAAGUUCAUCCACAAGCCUGGCAGCUACAUUUUCAGACUGAGCUGUACACGACUGGGCCAGUGGGCUAUCGGCUACGUUACAGCUGAUGGAAAUAUCCUGCAGACCAUUCCCCACAACAAGCCACUCUUCCAGGCUCUCAUUGAUGGCUUCCGGGAAGGAUUCUAUUUAUUCCCAGAUGGCCGGACUCAGAAUCCUGACCUCACAGGGCUCUGUGAGCCUUCACCGCAAGACCAUAUCAAAGUCACACAGGAGCAAUAUGAGCUGUACUGCGAAAUGGGCUCCACCUUUCAGCUGUGCAAGAUCUGUGCAGAGAAUGACAAAGACGUGAAGAUUGAGCCGUGCGGCCACCUCAUGUGCACGUCCUGCCUCACUGCAUGGCAGGAGUCAGAAGGCCAGGGAUGCCCUUUCUGCCGCUGUGAGAUCAAGGGCACUGAACCCAUCGUGGUCGACCCCUUUGACCCAAAAGACAACAGCGGGGGUUCAUAUGGAGGCUGCAGGGGCAUGUCUGGAGCAGAGGGGGCACCCUCUCCUAGCUAUGAUGACGACGACGAUGACCGACUAGAAGACCCUCACCUCAUGAUGAGCAAGCUGGCUUGUAGUAAAGUCGAGAGACCACCUUCCCCACUGUCAGUGGCUCCUCAAGCUUCUUUGCCCCCCGUGCCCCCACGUCUAGACCUGCUGCAGCACAGACCACCAAACCCUCCUGGGGCCUCUAGCCCAGGUGCCACAUCCAAGGCCCCCUCCCAUCACAAAGACAAGCCAUUACCGUUACCCCCAGCUCUACGAGACCUCCCACCUCCUCCUCCUCCAGAUCGCCCUCACUCAGCUGGGUCUGACAACAGACUCCCAAGACGCCCUCUGCCCUGCACACCCGGCGACCCAACUCGGGAAAAACUGCCUCCUGCUCCGCCAAACCGCAACAUGGUGGACUGGAACCCGAGGCCAGUGCCCAAAGCGCCCUCCCAGCCGCCCGCUGUGGGAGGAGGAGACUCCCGCGGGACACGGGAGCUGUCCAACCGUCACUCUCUUCCCCUGGCACUGCCCUCAGCCAUGGAUGCGCAGAGGAACAACAGUUCUGUCAGUUUGGACCACCAGCUUAGUUUUGGUGCAACAGCCUCUGGUGGGUCUGAAUACGACAACCCAAAAGUGAAACCUUCUGCAUCAGCUAAUGCUAUCUACUCCCUGGCCAGGCCUCUUACUGCAAUGAAGCAGCUGACUGGAGAAGAUGGCUUUGAAAGUGAGGAAGAUUCUGACUACAUGACUCCUAGUUCUCGUCUUGCUUUAUCCACUAUAUCUCCUGCCCUGGGGGAGGCAGUGCCCAGACCCCCGCAACCUAACUCUCUCAACUCCAGGCCUUUGCUCAGUGACAUGGACUCUGAGGGCCCACAGAUGUAUGAAGCCAUGUACAACAUUCAAGCACAGGCCCUCACGGCCUCCCUGCCUCAUCAAGCCAGAGACUCAGACUACUCAGAAUUGCCUCCGUUCGCAAGCUCUAAUGGGCCGCGGGACACUGAGUGUGAGGAGGAGGAGGAGAACGGCUAUGACAUCCCAAAGCCCCCUCUACCUGUAGCCCGACGCACACUCUCAGAGGUCAGCAAUGUGUCUGCUACUUUCAGCCGUCUCUCUGGGGAAAGUGAGCCAGGAGCACCAGUUUCAUUUGACUCGGGAGAAGCUCCAGAGCGGCCUCCCAAGCCUCUGCCCCGCCGCAUUAACUCUGAGCGCAGACCCAGUCCGGUCCCACCCGGAGCUGCGGCAGGGCCCAGCAACCCGCAGAUCAGCAGUGAGAUCGAGCUGCUCAUGAGCCAGGGCUACUCCUACCAGGACAUCCAGAAAGCUCUGAUGAUCGCACAGAACAAUAUCGAGAUGGCCAAAAACAUCCUGCGGGAGUUUGUGUCCGUGCACUCCACGGCACACAUCUUCACAUAACGACCCCCAGCCACAGACGCCAGACCAGAGAGCACGUUCUUAACUCGCGCCUGCUUUUAGCUCUAGCGCCAUGGAGCCUCUCUCCUUCCGACACGUGUCCUGACUGUCCAUCGUUCAUGUGUGCAGCACAGGCCUGCUCCAGUGUGUUCGCCAGCAGGACCUCUGCUGUUGGUCAGUCUCAUGGCAUUGCAUGUCCCCUGAGGCUUUCAGUCAAGCUCAAGCAAGGACAGGAAAAUUACAAAUAUUGUGUGUGUGAUUUAUAUGAUAAUUUAAUAUAUAAGUCCGUAUAUUGAAUAUAGUUAAUAUAUACACAUGUAGGCUGGAGAGGGGCAGCUGUGAGGGCUCAUAUGUGAAAGGCCUCAGGAUGAGGCUGGAGAAAGGAAGGAACUCUUCAGCUUAGCCUGCUGUUCUCUCAGCCACCAGUCUUGACAUGUGGGGAAAAAAACUGCAGCUGAACUUUUGCUGAUGUCAUAAAUGGCCUUUAAUCGUGUUGCUUUGGUACUUUGUUGAGAUACGUGUGCGUACGUGCUUUUGUUGUUUUUCUAAAGUAGCAUGGCAUGGGUGACGUCCCCAAACCAUGGUCUACAUUUGAGCUGGUCUGAAGUUGUGUACCAGUGAUCCGUAGUCACUUCUGGAGUUUUCUCUCUGUGUCUCUGUAGAAUCUCGGGGCUGUUCGGACGUCUCUGGAUGGUGACCGCUGAAUUUGGCUUUGACCAGCACCGAUCGGGCGCAUCGAAUGUGCUGUUGUGUAGCAUUACUGUAACCGAAAUACUUAUAGCUUCAAUAAUGUUCCAAGAAGAUACAAGGUUAGAUACCACAAUCUCUCCGUUUGACUCCGGUAAAGGAUACGACAUGGUGACAGAUUGCGCAAUCUGCACUAGCGAUGAGCGUGAUGGUAGGUUCCAAGUAGAAAUUGGGCAUCUAACUGUGUUAAGAUUGGUCCAGUCAAAAUAAACAAUAAAGUAGAUGGGCACCAAUUUAAUAUUAUGGACGUGAUAUCGAGUGACUUCUAGCCUGUAUUCAUAGAAUGUUUGGCUGAGCUGUUCUUUUAAACGAGUUCUGAACCAGGCGUCGCGUUUGUGUUGUAACCUUCAUCUGGUGUGUGUCAUGAGUAUGGCGGAGAAUGAUGGGCUUACGUAAGUGUGCUUUUUAUUUUUAAUUUUUUCCCUCUCUUCCCCCCUUUACUCUCCACAGGCAGUGUUCUCGAACACAUUAAGGGGGGAGGGUGCUCAUUGGGACACGAAGUGAUAUUUGCUUUGUGAGAAGGAAGUAUUUGCCAGCAGCCUGGUCAAAUUUCUGUCAAAUCAGGACUGAAAUCGCUCAGAUUUUUGGCAAGGUGUCUGCUUGUUUCUGAAGCUGUUCAUCUAAGUGAAAUUGUCAUUGAUCAUUGAUCACUUUAAUAUAUUAUUAUUAUUAUUAUUAUUAUUAUUGUAUUAAUGUUGUUCAUUUUGUUAUUAAUUCAGAAGUGCUUUACUGCUGCUACUAUUGUUAGUGCUAAACAAUUAAGCCUUAAAUGUAUAUUUGUGAAUAUUGUGUUUAACCUGUUUUAAAGUGACAGUAUCUGUUCAGUUGAAUUUGAUGAUGUAGCAUACUUGAAAUUCCAAGCAGCUUGUGCAGGCUGGUUAGAGAUGGUUUUCUCCCUUUGGGAUUUUUUUUUUUUUUGGUUGGUUGGUUGGAGAGCCAGACGUGAUCCGGAGACAUCAUCCAGCAAACUGCUCUGUCAUCAUCGGAGUGCAUGCAGGAACGGACGCGCGACCACAUGUUAAAACGUAACAAGGCACUCUCUGCUGACAGCCUUAUUUUUCUGCCCUUGUUUUGUUACUCGGGUUACGUGUCGACCUUGUUCUUUUUUCAGCCCCUCAGACAGUGGAUGAACGUUCAGUGGUGGCCCAUUUACAGCCAUGAUGGCAGCGCUGAUGGCCUGCCUAAUCUCCAGGGUAAAGGACUGGUUGUGUGGUGAUGCUUUCAGUCAGGUCCUCUCCACUCUCCCUCUGUUCUCAGGAAUACCGUACAUCUAAACAUAGACUAUCAGUAUUGAACGGGCAAUGAAACGUACUAGUACAUAUACCCUCUUGUUCAGGGCAGGAGCACUGAAUGACUGCUUUUGAAGUCUUUGACGUUGGAGUAAUUAGGAUGUAGCUUCUGACAACUGAUGUCUUCGUUUCUUAAACCAGUCCUCACAUGUACUCUGACGUUUGGGGUAUGUGGAUGGAUGUGCCAGUGUAUUCAGCAUCGGAUGGGCUCCUGCUUUAUGAAAUGAAAGCCUGCAGCCACGCUGGCCGUUUUCCAGAUAAGAUUGGACAGCCGUAUAUGCUAUUGUGUGUUAUUCUGAAGGUGGAAAACCACAAGGUGCACACAUGCGCGCUGGUAGGCAUGUAAAUUACCAGUUGUGAUCAGUUAUUGUGAUGGCUGUUAUUGAAGCGGACAGAUUUAUUAGCUUCUGUGGUUGUCACAAGAGGAUGAAAAUGGGUUUUCAUCAGCUGAGUCGUGGCAAAAAAAACAGGAGAAAGCAGAAAAUGCAUUUAUUGCGAAACCUCAUGGUAUUACGAAAAAACAGAAGUACUAACUUCUGACUUGGUUCUGUAGCACAUUUAGCAUUGAGUAUUGUUUCUUUAUUUGAGCGCGAGCUGUUUGUGUCGUCGUGACCGAGGCCGUUUGGCCGAUCGAGCUGAACUGCCGGUGCAAAGAGCGCCCCACACAGGACACACCUACCCAUUGAACAUGAAACGGGAGACGCCCAGCAAACAAAUACAGAGCACUCCCACUGAAAACCUCCCUCUUACGCUUGUAGGACUGGGUUAAGAAGCGCUGACUGACGUUACUGUAACUUAUAUAUAUAUAUAUAUAUAUAUAUAUAUAUAUAUAUAUACAUACACACUAUUGUUCACCAUUACAUGCUCUUUUGUGUUGUGUGUGUUUGUUCUUUGUUUCUUCUAUCUGAAAUAUUGCACUGGCAUUGCAGGUACUUCCACAGUAUGAAGCUUGUAGGUACAUUAGCCUUCUUGAACUGAAUGAGGAAAAUAUCUCCCAUAUUUCCUUGAUGACAUACAAGCUCAUUGGUCAUUAUGUUGGAAUUUUUUUACUCCAUUUUGCCUUGAAAUCAGCUGUUGACAGGUUUAGCAUGUAGUUCAGUAUUCUGAUUGCACCAUGUGAAGUAGGGAUGCUUUGUUUUUUUUUUUUUCAUUAUUUCAUUCUGAUUACUGUAUUUCUUGUCAAUAGUGUGUGCGUGUGUGUGGUGCGUGUGUGUGUGUGUGUGUGUGUGUGUGUGUGUGCGCUCAUGCGCCUGUGUGUCGUGUGUUACAAGAUGUCGCACAGUAUACCAGUUUGUGCUACGAUACUGUCACUUUAAAAUAAAGUGUGUAAAGUUACGUAUAUAUAGAGUAUGUGGAAAUGGCAAUGUUUAAUUUCAUUUUGCAUUCCUGUAAAUGUCAGAAUUUUAUUUUUUUUCUCUUUUUUUGCGUUUACUGAUGUGAAUAAUACUGUGAGCAGUGCCAUGUUUAGAAAUAUCUGUAAUUUUGUUGCCCAGAAUAAGGCCUUGAUCCUGUAAAGAGUGAAUGAUAUCCUGGCAUAAAUUAACCCUUUUUUUUUUUUUUUUAUAAACUACAGUUCAUUUUGCUUUUUUUCCUUCUUCUGGAGUAGCUGUGGUUGACUGGAAUGUCUCCUUUCCUGACCACAAGAGGGAGCUCUUUGCUCACAUUGCCAUAAAUUCCUUGAGUAUUUCAGGAUGUUCUUUCUUUUAUGCUGUUUCUCAUAUCAUCUUGGACGUAUGCACAGUGCUGUACUGUUUAAUUAAAUGAACAGAAGAGGAAAAGAGAGAAUGUCCUCAGUCUCUGCUUAUAGGUACUGCAUCCUCUAUGGUACAGAGGCUGGUAGAGUCAUCAGUCUGGUGCUGUCCACCGAGAACAUCUCUGCAGCUAAAUGGAAAAGGUUUCAGGUGAUCUGUUGCAUUAGAGGACAUUUGCAGACAUCAGUGUUAAGAAAGGUGUAUGUACUUUUACUCCAUGUAUGCAUGUAAAUGUUAUUUAACAAUGUUGGAUACUCAUGAAUGUUUCUUGCCACCAUCAGUAGUAGCCUUAACUCAUGGAACACGGCUCGCUACAGGUUGGAAACAGGGGUUCCAGCCUUUAAAACCCUCUGAGAGAGCGAGAGAGAGCGAGCGAGCGAGCACACCUUGCCCUGCCAGUAUGGCUCUGAGAUUUGCUUUGCCUUACUGAUAGUCAUGCUCAUGAUCCAAACUGCCAUUCUCCCUCAGUGCCAUGAUUCUUUUUAUUCUCAUGUUUUGUUAUUGUAUUAGUCCGUCUCUGAGUCCUGUCUGAGUGAGCGUUUCAGAAUGGCUUUGAACUGACCACUCAAAAUGGGUCACACCUGAGUAAUCGGUUCAUUUAGGCUUGACCUUUUUUGUUGUGAUGAAGGGCAUGUUGAAAGCCAAAUAAGAUGGAUAUACUGUAUGAAAUGUGGACUUUUGUGUGCGCAAACGUAUAUGAAGAAAUGCCAACCGAUUUACACUCUGAAUGCGUAAUGUUUAGUUAUUUAAAUCGGCGUGUUGGAGCAGGUCUGUACGAUUCAAAGCCUUGCUGUAACAGCCCAGCAGUUUGUAGAAACUGGAAAUCAGUUAGUGCAAAGCAAUGGGAAACAUUCCCUCUCCCUGAAGUCAUUUAUACGUGGAGAGGAGGAUGUUCGUGUGUGUUGUUUCCUUUUGUCAAGAGAUAAAGACUAAUGUUAUUUAUUAAUGUUGAUGUACUCCAACCCAGAGAUCCCUCCUUCAUAAAGUCAUUUUCAUUUUGGAAUUUAUACAUGUUAUUAAAGCAAUUUUGAAUAAAUGUA